AUGGUGAGCAUUUGGACCAGCCUGGCCUCGGAGACGGAAUAGACAUGGAGGGUGAAGGGAGGAUUGAGACCAAUGUUGCGAGGCGAAGCAUAAGGAUGUAGCUGGUGCCAUGAUGCCGCACUGGGUGUAGCCGCCGCUCUGUAGGCGUUGCUUUCAGCAUGUCGCGGCAGGCAUUGCAGCAAGAGCUGGAUUGGCCCAGGAUGACGAGCAAGCCACGGGCAAUUGAGUUGGGCGCGGGAAGGAACGCAUUUCGUCAAGAAAGUGGACGGGACAGACGCGGGUGAGCUCCUGAAAGGUUGCGCUGACAAAUGCUUCGUUUCAUCGCAGGUUCGCGGUCCUAGAAAGCACUUGAAGCGUCUGGCGGCGCCCUCAUCAUGGAUGCUCGAUAAGCUCUCUGGCACCUACGCCCCUCGCCCCGCGCCCGGUCCCCACAAGUUGCGCGAGUCCUUGCCUCUUGUCAUUUUGCUGCGUAACCGUUUAAAGUACGCCCUCACUGGACGUGAGGUGACCGCCAUCACUGCGCAGAGGUUGAUCAAGGUGGACAACAAGGUUAGGACCGAACCCACUUACCCAACCGGCUUCAUGGACGUUGUUUCCAUCGAGAAGUCCGGCGAACACUUCCGCAUCCUCUACGAUGUCAAGGGAAGAUUCAUCGUUCACAGAAUCACUGCUGAGGAGGCUCAGUUCAAGCUUCUCAAGGUGAAGAAGGUACAACUCGGCGCUCGUGGUGUCCCUCACGUCGUCACCCACGACGGACGCACCCUCCGUUACCCAGACCCUCUGGUCCGCGUCAAUGACUCCAUCAAGUACGACCUCGAUGCGCAGAAGAUGGUCGAUUUCAUCAAGGUGAGUCGCUAGGGACGAGAUGUCACACCAUUUGUUCCUGCAGACCGACUCUUCGACCACUGGUCACUUGGCUAACUCGCCUGGCCGCACACUAACAGUUCGACACUGGUGUCAACGUCAUGGUCACUGGUGGUCGUAACCAGGGCCGUGUUGGUGUUGUUUCUGGUCGCGAGCGACACCCUGGAGGAUUUGACGUGAGUCGCUGGCCCGCUUCGAAGCGGCGUGCACGCUUGGAAGCAGGAUGAGCCAUCAUCAAGCGACCAAGUCGUGCACGCUCGCCUAGAGCCCCACGCGUUUUUUCAGCAUUGCCACGUCUUCGACAACCGUUGCCAACAUCUGCGACUCUUCCUCUCCCUGAUUUCGGGCUCGCACAGAUCGUCCACGUCACCGACGUUCUCAACCGCUCUUUCUCUACUGUGAGUCAGCGCGCAACGAUCCGAUGCGACGUGGCCGCGCCUUCACUCACACUGCCCUCUUCUCUUGCACGUAGCGUUUGAGCAACGUUUUCGUCAUCGGCGAUGGCUCCAAGCCCGCCGUCAGCUUGCCCAAGGGUGGUGGUGUUCAGCUCACCAUUGCCGAGGAGCGUGACCAGCGUCGUCGUCAAAAGGAAGCCGCUAGCGCCUAA